UAGUUAAAAUAAAAGGUUCGCGUUCAGACUCAAGAAAGAGGGUUUUGCGGCAGUACUUUAUCCAUUUUAACUUUUCAAAACCUUUGUAUCAGUCUUUGUACCACCUUCUCUCAAGCAGACAGGUCACUCGAAUUCAGACCGAAACCUUAGCCAUUCCAGUUUUCAUUCUCAGAAAGACAAAUUGUGAGUAACCCAGAAGCGUAAUUGCAACCCCCCCAAAAAAAUUCGUUUUUCAAGUAGAGUAUUUAUAUGAUAUAUUUACUGGGGUAAAGCAAAAUGGCAUCUACAUCAGCAGCUUGGCUGUACCAAGAUAAAGGGUUGAGGUGUACAGUCUCUGCAGAUGGCUAUAUUGCUAGGAACCCAUGUUUCAAGUUGCAGACAUCAUUUUUAAGUUCUCAAACAUUUCAAGUCAGAAUUGGUUUAACUGGUUCGUUGAAGAGAGUACCUGCACUGCCUUCGAUCAAGUGUGAGAAGAAAGACGAAAACUAUAAGAAAGAUGAAAACUAUAAGAAAGUGUCUGUUGAGCGUCCACCGUACUACAGUUAUUUAGACUCAACAUCUGGGGAGCUUGAACCAGCAUCUGGUGCUCGUGCCAGCAUUCCGGAGCAGGAUUAUUGGCCAGAAGGCACUGCUAGUCGAGUAAGGGCUGCCAAUGCUCCUGAGCCUACUGGAAAAUCUGUUGGAUCUCCAUCAUUCGGAAAAAGUCCUGGAAGUAGGAGGAAGAAGCAUUCAACAUCAGUUGCUGCUCAUGAAUCCUCUGAAGUAAUUGUAGACUCCACUGAUUUAGUAGAAUCUGAGACUUCAGAGGAUGCCAUGGACGACCCAAAAGAGAAAUCUGAAUUUGUUGAGUAUCAGAUUGAGCCUGAUAAGGACGAAAAAACUGGAUAUGAGCUUGACAAAAAAUUGGGACGUCCUCAUGCCUUUAUUGAUCCUAAAGUGAAAAAACCAAUUGGGGAGUCACUCACAAGUGAAGAACUCUGGUGGAACUGGAGAAAGCCAGACAAGGAACAGUGGUCUAGGUGGCAAAGGAGACGACCUGAUGUUGAAACGGUUUUUCUCAAAGCAAUGGCAGAGACUGGGCAGGUAAAGCUUUAUGGUGACCAUCCAACAUUGACUGAAACAGCUCUUUACAGAGCUAGGCGACACCUUUUUAAGGAAGAAAGGCUUCAAGUAGAACGAGAGAGGCUCAGUAGAGAUGGUCCAAUAGCAUUCUAUUCAGAAUGGGUUAAAGCUUGGAAGAAGGACACUUCAAGGGAGGCUAUUCAGAAGCAUUAUGAAGAAACUGGUGAAGAUGAAAUAGCACAACUAAUACAAAUGUUUUGUCAUCAAACAGAUCGAGAGUAUCGCAUAAUGAUGGGAACUGAUAUCCGCAUACCCAGGGAUCCUUUAGCCAUGCGAAUGCGCGAGGAUCAAAUAAAGCAAAUAUGGGGUGGUGAUCCAGUUUAUCCAACUGUGAACUAUAUUCAAGAACCAGAUAAAGUGGUUGAUUAUAGGGGCCCAGAUUUUCAUGAACCAACACCUAACAUGCUCGAUUUUCUUAAGGAGCAUGGAAAAAUCAUAUCCAGGGAAGAGCUUGAAAAACUUCUAGCAAAAGAUAAGACUGAAGAAGUUCAGCAGGUACCAGAAAUAGAAGAAGCUAUGGCACAGGCUGUUGACAUUGGUGAAAAUGAGGAUGAGGAUAGUGAGGCUGAGGAGGUUGAGGUUGAGGUUGUAGAUGAUGGGAAAAUUGCACGCAAUUGGAGCAUUUCGAAAACAACUCCCGGCAAGUCAAAGGGCAAGUCUAAAUCUAAACCUAAAAACAAUGGCGGUAUGUCGUUGGAUGAGGCUGUAGAAGAUUCAGAGAACUUGACUGAUUUUCUUUUGGACUUUGAAGAAGAAGAGUAAAUUCCUUUUCUUUUUACUUCAUAUUCCACCUAUAAGUUUUCUAGGAGCAUCAAAAUAAUCUAUAAGUUUUAUACAUUAUGAUGAACUUAGGCUUGCAAUAUGAAAUUUAGUAGCAUCAUUGGCAUUAGGUGGAAGGAUGGAAUUUAGCAAGGUUCUACUCAUUAUGUAUCAUAUUCAUACAAUAGAUUUAUUUUUUAUUAAUUAAUUUAAAAGUAAAAAAAAGGUGAUAAUUGCUAUUUUGGGAUCAAUGGGUUGAAAUGGGAUCUGGUUUAACUUCACACUAUUUAAUUGGCUUAAUUAAUGUAUAAAGUUGGUGACGUAAAUACCUAUGUUUAUUGAAUAAUUGUACUUUAAUAGUCUUUUUUUUUCAGCAUA